AUGAGCGGAUGGCUACGGCAAAACGUUGCCAAAAAGGGAGAAGAGGAUGAUUUCAAAGAUCUCCUAGUAUUCGGCUAUUCAUGUAGACUCUACCCCAACGACAGCCAAGCUGAAUUCAUCGCCGAAGAAAGACAUAUGCAGCCUUGCCAUGGAGACACCUCAAAUAGAGUGGAUAGAUACGAUUGUCGCCUUCUUUGCUCAUCAAUCGACAACCUGCUUCCAUCAACACAGGACGAAUCUGUCGAAGAAUGCCCCGCAGAAGCUCUAGAAGAAGAAUUAUGCGAAGAGGAGAGAUAUUUGGAUUUAUAUAAGGAUAUUGAGAGACAAAAAGAAAUUGAAGAGGAAGAGAUGAAAAGGAAGAAUUCAAAACAAAAUUUUGUCUAUAAUUAUGGAGAAGGGACAUCAAAGGAUAAUGAAGACGACGAUGUGGCGAGUGAGGAUGAAGCUUUUGAGCCGCCAGAAGGCGUCAAGUUUCCAGUCGGAUUAGAAUUACCUCCAAAUAUGAAAUUAUAUCAUAUAAUCGAGAAAACCGCCGGCUUCAUCGUGGCUAACGGCGCACAAAUGGAAAUUGUGAUCAAAGCGAAACAGCGAAACAACACCGAGCAGUUCGGAUUCCUCGAAUUCGAUCAUUCGCUUUAUCCGUUCUAUAAAUACCUUCAAAAAUUGAUAAGAGAGAAGAAGUUAAUACCGGGAGAACGGAAACCUAAAAAUGUCACCAAAAAGACGUCGUCGGAAGUUUCUGGAGCAUUAGCGGCGAUUGCGCAACAAAGCUGCUCAGAUUCUGAUCUUUCUGACGAUGAUUCCGAUUGUGAACUACAUCCAUCGCUAUUGCUCGGAAAAAAGAGCCAAUCGCCGGAGAAUUUGAUAAUUGGACCGAAAACGAAGCCGAAACCCGAUUUUAGGCUUCCGCCGCCUAAUGCUCGGCCAAUUAUAGAUAUUACACAGAGGAAUGACGUUUACGCGUCAUUAUUCAAAAAUCUCGCUCAAAUCACCCGGCAGGCAAAUGGGGUGGAAGAAGUGAAAAUCGGAGAAGAGGCGACGCCGAUAAGCUCGAGCGCGUCGACGACAACGGUGGAUACAGAGGGCCGCAUCAAUGAUCCGGAAUAUCGGGAAUGGUACCAGAUGUUUUAUAAAACGCCAUGCCCCUGGAUUGGUCCGAAGCCUUUGCUGCCACCAACUCCCGAUUUAGAACCGAUUCUCAAUAGUUAUGCUGAUUAUGUGGCUAGGAAUGGCGCUGAUUUCGAAAGAUCGUUGUCAACUCGUAUGGACCUUCAGCUCCAUUUUAUGGACCCAAAGAGCCCGUAUUACUCAUAUUAUCAUCAUAAGAUUCGAACGAUUCAAUGGAAAUUGACUCAGGAGAUUGCGACAUUCACACAAAACCCGCCGCCCAAUUAUAUUCUGUAUGAAUCACCUAUUCGCACCGCGGGACCAUCGACGCCAGUGGCGAUGGUUGCCGAGCCAACGCCAAUCGCCGACGUCACCGCGUCAGAUGCGCUGAAUCGUCGCCAACGGCGAAGGCUUCAAGAAGCGACGAGAGGGUUUGGAGAGCCGCCGGUGAAAAUCAAUGAGCCUGGUGUUGUUGAUCCGAUUGCUUUGCGAACUGAGCUUCCUAAACCGACAUCAACUCCAGCGAAUCUUCAAAACGUGGAAAAGAUUUCUUUCAAUAUUGAAAUCCAGCCAAAAAUUGAGGCGAAAAUCGUCAAUACAAAUGCUCUCGAAUCGGUUGCUUUUGAUCCAGACAUUGGAGAUAUAAUCCAGAAUGGUGUUGAGACGAAGAAGGAGACGGAAGUGUCGGAAUUUGAGCCGCCGCCACCGCCGGCGAUUCCGAACAACACCCAAUUGGAUCGAAAAGAGAAGGCUCGGAUUUUCAUGGAGAAGCUGCUCAAUGAGAAGCGUCUAAAGAAGAUGCAGGAAGAGGAGGAGAAGCGGAAAGAGGAGGAGAAGCUGAAGAAGGCUUCGUCGGAAAUUGGCGAGCGUCCGAAAAUCAGCAGCAUUGAUGAAAUUAUUCAUAGCCGAAUUUCGAGCAUAUUCGCCGAAUCGGGAUUCAAAGAAGAGAAAGUGAAGAAAAUUGAGAAAGACGAAAAAGAGGAGGAGCAUCGAAAAAAGAAGAAGCACCGCCAUCGCAGCCGCUCGAACAGCCCGCAUUCCGAUGUCGAUCGCAAAAAAUCGCGAAGAGAGCAUCGACGAAGAUCGCGUACGCCGGAAAGGAGGCGACGGCGAAGUCGCGACUAUCGACGAUAA